CCCAGUUUGUAUCUGAGCUCAAAUUAUUUAGACUUAAAGGAAGAAGAUAGGAUUGGCAACCCCGUCUAAAAAUACUUAAUCACCUAAUUAUAGGUUUAACUGAGAUCUGAGUGGGCUUCAGCCUCAGAGCACCAUCAGGCAUGAGUAAAGGAGCUCCUUCUUUGACAUGAUGUCGGAUGCAAAAUGGCAAGAAUUUUAAGAUGAGCCACAUCUUUUUAUUGAUUCAUUUUACUGCUUUGAUUAAUUGGUGACAAGAGGAACUAUGGGUCAGUCAUACAGUGAUGAUGAGGAUAAUGAAGUGGCCUUGACACAGAUUCAGGAGUUGUACAAGAAGUUUGCUAGUGAGUGCCCGAGCGGGAACCUGCAUUUGCACGAAUUCAAAAAGAUCUUUGGCAUCAGCACUCAGUCUUCACCUGAGGAAAGUGCCUACGUUGACAACAUCUUCCGCACUUUCGACACGAAUCAGGAUAACACAAUAGACUUCAUGGAGUAUGUGGCUGCUGUGCACCUUGUUCUCCGGGGCAAACUCGAGGAUAAACUGAGGUGGUCAUUUAAGGUCUAUGACAGGGAUGGAAAUGGCCGUCUGGACAGAUCCGAAGUCAAGCACUUAAUAAAAAUCAUUACCAAGUUAAAGAGCCAUAACAAGCCAUCCGGAAGCGAGGAAAUGAGUCCUGAUCAGAUUUGUGACAGCAUUUUUGAACGUGUGGAUAAAAACAAAGAUGGCCAAAUCUCACUUGAAGAGUUUGUGGAAGGUGCACAACAGGACCCAUGGGUUAUGGGACAGCUCAAAUUGGAUGUGAGACCCAGUGGAUGGUUCAAUGAGCGCAAUCCAGCUAAAACUUGACAAUUGCAAAAUGAGACAACAGACUUACUGAAGCCUUCAAGAGCAUCAGCCUGUCAACAAUGAAUGCAUGCUCUGGAAGGGAUGACCUCGUACGCGUUCUACCAACAUUUCCAGUGAAAGCUAUCACUUUUAUACUUGAAAAUCAACAGAAACUCUUUUGGAGGUGUUGUCUCCAGAUUUAUAAGGAAUUAUGUUUUACCAUUAAAGGUUAUCAAAAUGACAGAGAGGCUGUAAAAAGGAUAUGAGCAGGAUCACAAAGAUGGUAUGAGAUACCAGUGUCUGAUAUGGAUAUGACCGUGAAGAUUUUUUUGUGGAAAAACAAAUAAUGCUCUGGGUGAGAGGAUAAACUUGCACUGAUGAGACAUGUGUUAUUUUAAAUGAGGCAAUAGGACAUUUGAGCAGUUUUGAUGCCUUAUACUUAAAAGGUGGUUUACGCAAUUUCAAGUCCAUACCAUUUUUUGACAUUCAGCGGACAUCUCCUCACGAUUCGCUAUAGCUACCCAUGCCGUGUGUACACUCACUGUACAAAAAUGGUGUCUGCCCAGACUCCAAAAACUGGAAAGAAACAAAGUGGGGGCAGCAUGUCCCCCAAGAUAACCAAAACCCUCUCUUUCUUUCUUCUGAACUCAAACUGACCUGUCUCUGCUUGUCAGGUUUAACAGUGUUCAUCUUAAUCCAUGCUGUGUUAAAAAAAGUGGUUACACUAAAUUUAAAUUUAAAUUUAGAUUUAAAUUGAGAGGUUUUUUUUAUUAUUUAACUUCUUAUUAUGUAUAUUUCAAAUAAAUAAUACAUUCUGAGCAUUCAUUGUUGUUUAUUUUUCAUGUUUCAUGUUUGAAGACAUUACUUUGUAAUAACCUGACUCACAAAAAAACAAAUAUUCAGUUAAAGUGAGGACACAAGGAAAUUAUGAAAUUACAUUGUUUCACAAGAUUAACACAAGAUUA